UCCGCAUCCAACUUCACGUUUAUUUACAACUCUAAGUUACAAAAAAAUUUCAAACAAAAUAGUCAAGAAAUGGAAUUAUUGCUGCAAUUUUUGAUAGUUACAAGCUCUGGAAUAGCAAUUAAUGGCCACAAUAACUACGAUAAGGAGAAUAAGGAGCCACAGAACAGUUAUAAUCCGCUUGGAGCAUUAGUAAGAUGCAACAUGCUCCCACUAGACUUCCUCGAUUGCGCUGAACUCAAAGACCACAAAGGCAAUCGUACAGCACAAGAAGAGUCUGGUCUAGGGUGCGUAAAAUUCGGUGGAACUUUAUGGCAUGAAGUCGAACGUGGCAAACGAGAAUGUACAGUUCUAGGCGAGAUUGAAUGUCAUGGAUCAAGAACAUUUAAACGUGAUGGAUUUGCUUGUGUCAGACCCAGUGGACACUACUUCUUGACGACACUGCUGUACAGCAUUUUACUUGGAUUUUUGGGUAUGGAUCGAUUUUGUUUAGGACAGACUGGAGUGGCAGUGAUGAAGUUGCUGUCGAUUGGUGGACUUGGACUUUGGUGGAUUAUUGACAUAUUUUUGUUGGUGACGAAUAAUUUGACGCCUGAGGAUAACUGGAAUCAGCGUUACCUUAAAUGUGGACCUGUUGAUGCAAAAUGUCUGCCUGCAAAUAAUGACUUAACAUGUCCACAAAUUCCAUUUUGUCCAACUGGAUUGAAACGCAAAUUGACAUCAAAAGGAUGCUGUUGUGUGCUGAGGGACUCGUUUAGAGGCAAAACAGUCGUUCCUGAAACAGUUUCUAAGGAGAAAGCUAAAAUUUCAUCAAAAACUCUCAAAAAUCUUCAAAAUUUCUACACCAAAAUUACAGACUUGAUGGAUGUUGAGUCACAAGAAAUGGAAGUGGAACAAAAACAGCUGCUGAUCAAGAAACUCUCAAAAAACAUGAGCGACACAAUGAAGUCAGCAAUAAAGGAACUUGCAGCACUCAUCGAUGUUGACUCGGAAAUUAUUUUUAAAUGCAUUUUUGAUGACGUCAAAAUUUUUGAAAAUAAAAAAAUUAAUUUAAUUAUUGACGCUGCAAAUGAGAUUUAUGAGAAAGGAAAUGAGCUGAUGGAGAGGAUUUCGAUGGUUAUGGAGAGGAUGGAAUACUACUGAGAGGCACUGGAGCAUCAGUUGAUUAAGUUUUGGAGGUUUCUAGGACACUGGGAUGCUAGGAUUGGGUCAUAGUCACUAAAGAGGUGGAGUUGGGGCUAAUUUUGAUUAUUUUUGGAAAUAAAAUGUAAAAUAAAUUUUAUUGACUACAAAAAU